CAACCCUUCACUAGGGGAUAUCAAGAUUUUGCUAAAAUUUCAAAAAAAAGUCCUCUUGCUAUGGAGGCUCUCAAUGCAGCAAGAUUAACCCCUGUUUCAGUUUUUUCUGAUAGAAGAAAUGAACCCAAAAAAAUCCCAUCUUUCCAAUUCAAGAACCUUCAAAAUUCAUCCAAUUUUAGCACCAACUUGUCAAGAUCAGUAGAGGGUAUAUCAAGAAAUGUUCAAGGGGGUUUAGUUUUACUUUCCUCUGUUUUCACUACAGGUUUAGCUAAAGCAUUGACAUACGAGGAAGCACUUCAGCAAUCAAUUACUAGUACUAGUACUAAUGAUUUUGAUGCAAAUGCAUUUGUUGAAACCUUAACCGAUUUCGUAUCAGAUAAUCCUUUAGUUAUAGCUGGUGGUUUUGCUGUUUUGGGUUUACCAUUUAUUGUGUCUCAGGUGUUUGGUAAAAUGCCUAAGCCAUCUUGGGGUGUUGAGUCUGCUAAGAAAGCUUAUGCAAAAUUGGCAGAUGAUGUGAGUUCAGAGUUAGUUGAUAUAAGAGCCACUGUUGAAUUGAAGCAAGAGGGGAGUCCAGAUAUAAGUGGUUUCAAGAAGAAGCCAGUUACAAUUGUAUAUAAAGGUGAAGAUAAGACAGGGUUCUUGAAUAAGCUAGCUUUGAAGUUUAAGGAGCCAGAGAAUACCACAUUGUUCAUUCUAGACAAAUUUGAUGGAAACUCUGAACUGGUUGCAGAGCUUGUCACAGCAAAUGGUUUUAAAUCUGCAUAUGCAAUUAAAGAUGGUGCUGAAGGUCCCCGAGGAUGGAAGAAUAGUGGCCUCCCUUGGAUACUUCCUAAGAAAACAUUUAGUCUUGAUCUGGGCCUGUCUGAUGCUCUUGAUGGUCUUUUUGGGGACAGUUCUGAUUCUGUCGCUGUAGGUUUGGGUGUUGCCGCAGCUGCUGCGUUUGGACUCUUGGUGUUCUCAGAGGCGGAAACAUUACUUCAACUGUUAGGUUCAGCUGGACUUAUCCAACUAGUCAGCACAAAACUUCUAUUUGCAGAGGACAGAAAGCAAAGUCUGCAACAAGUUGAUGAGUUCCUCACCAAAGAGAUUGCUCCAAAGGAGCUUGUAGGUGACAUUAAGCAAAUAGGGCUGGCUCUUCUUCCUGUUCCAGUGACUAGAAAAAAUCUGCCUGAAUCUGCAGAGACAAGUGAAUCAGUUCCCGAGGUGGAUGCUGCAUCAUCUAAAGUAGAGGCAUCCGUCGAGACACUUUCACCAUAUCCUAAUUAUCCUGAUCUCAAGCCUCCAACAUCACCGAUACCUUCACAACCUAGUGGCAGUGUGGAGAAAGCUGAAACAGUUUCCAAGGUAGAAGUAUCUGCCGAGUCUACUCCAGAAAUCAGUUCAGCUCCAAAACCAGAAGUAACAGCAGAAGCACUAACUGGAAUUACAAGGCCACUUUCUCCAUAUCCCAAUUAUCCUGAUCUCAAGCCUCCGACUUCGCCAAUGCCUACACAAGCAUAAUGUUGGACAUGCAGAUUUCCAUAUCCAAGGUGUAUUAGCUCCACAAUUGCCAAUUUUUGUAAAAAUUGAAGGAAAGUUUGUAACAAUAUUUCCAUUCUUUGUAAUUUAUUGAUGAAUGUCAUCAUGUUUUGUAGAUAGAUAUGGU